UUACUUACGACCGGAGACAGCGCAGGGGAUAUUUGUCAAUUUUCAGCGACUUCUGCAAUUUAAUCAAGGUCGUUUACCAUUUGGCGCAGCUCAGAUUGGCCAAGCAUUUCGUAAUGAAAUAAAUCCACGGUCUGGCCUUAUACGCGUCAGAGAGUUCACAAUGGCAGAAAUAGAGUAUUUUGUUGAUCCCUCGGACAAAUCAUUCCCUGCAUUUUCAGAAGUGGCUGACCUUGAGCUCACUCUCUAUUCCGCAUGCGAUCAAAUGGAUGGAAAGUCUCCAACAUCUGUCAAGUUGAGGGAUGCUAUAACGCAGGUACAUAUUUUUUUAUUUCAUAUAUAG